CAUGUGCUCUCUGUGAUGUGAGUGUCCGCAUGCUCAGUCUUAUGAUUUCACGUUAACAGUAGAUGUUUUCAGCUAACACUAGCUUAUAGCUUGCUGCUAACAAGUUGGCUAGCAGUAGCUUCAGCUGAUCGUCCCUUGUGACGGGGCGUCUGUAGAAAUUACAGAAGACAUCAAAGGCAUUAUUCGACUAAGAGACUAUGGGCAAUAAAAGGAUGUGUUAACACGUGACCCCAUACAUACCCCAAGUGGGUAACUCAUUUUAGAGCUUCAGUAACAGAACAGAUGAGCCAUGGACGCAGGUGUUAUGGACAGUCCCGUGACGCUGGUGAUCAGAGCACCGAACCAGAAGUACGGAGACCAGACCAUCAACUGUUUCCAGAACUGGACUGUGGAAAAGCUGAAGGCCCACCUGUCUGAUGUCUACCCCAGCAAACCUAACUGCAAAGACCAGCGGCUGGUCUAUUCUGGGAAGCUGCUUCUGGAUCAUUUCACAUUAAAGGAUGUGCUGCGAAAGCAGGAUGAGUACCACAUGCUGCACCUGGUGUGUGCCUCUCGGACCCCCCCUGAGUCCCCGAGGCCUGGCAGCUCCGGCAGCUCCAGCAGCUCCAGCAGGUCCCAGUCCCAGCAGAGCCCUGGCCCCACAAGCUCAAAUGGCCCUAGUCUUCUUCAGAAUAGCCAGUCUUCACCAGAGGCGAGCGAUGGACUCAGGCAGCGCCCCCCCUACCCCUAUCCACUCAUGUAUCCUGGGUUCAUGCACAGCUGGCCACAGAUGCCCCCUCCUCCCACACAGACCCCAGUCUACUACCACCCCAUGAGCCUGAUGUGGUGGCAGCAGCUCUAUGCCCAACAGUACUUUAUGCAUUAUCACUUGAUGGCAGCCUCUCAACACAUGAGACCGGACCAGACCACCCCUCAGUCCAAUCAGAGCAGCUCCCAGAACCACAGAGCUCAGGCCGAUCGUCGUGGAAACCCGGAGGUGCAGAUGAAUGCUCAGGGCGGGGAGGUCCUGAAUGACGAGGAUCUGAACCGGGACUGGCUGGACUGGGUUUACACCUUCUCCAGAGCUGCCAUCCUCCUCAGCAUCGUCUACUUUUACUCGUCCUUCAGUCGCUUCGUCAUGGUCCUGGUCGCCAUGGUGGUGCUCUACCUGCAGCAAGCGGGGUGGUUUCCAUUCAACUUGGACAAUGAUCUUCCUGGUGACAGGCCAAACCAGGACGAAGGAGAAGGAGAGCCACAGAACCAAGACUUGCCAGAAAUGGACGGGGCUGGAGAAGACGGCUCAGAUGACGAUGGAGACAGUGGGGCAGAGGGGGGUGAAGAUCCAGACAGUGGUCCCCAAAAUGGCUUCCUGUCCUCUACAUGGUCCUUCAUCAUCACCUUCUUCAUGUCUCUAAUCCCAGAGGGCCCUGCCAACGCUGCUAACUGAACACCCAAUCUCUAAUACUGGAAGAACUGCCUAUAAAUCUAGAGUGUGGGGGGUACACUGGUUCACUGUUUGCUUCCCCAUUGACAAAACAGAUGGCUGACAUUUCACUGAGCGGAGGGGACUUGGCUGUGUGGCUUUAAGGACUGUUAGCGAUGCCUUGUAAUUCUAGACAAAACUAGUGUGCCAAUGCAGUGUCAUUUUGAAAGUAUGAAACGGCAGGCACGAGAUUUUAUUAGGGAUUAUUUAAGUACGCAUUUUUAAUUUCUAUAAUCUUUGUACACAAUUGCAGUAUUUGCUGGAAAGUUCUGUUUUUGAUUGACAGGUUUUUAAACACCCUUUAUAGAGCAAUUUUAGUUGGCUUUAUGAUUUACACGUGUACUUUGCUGGAGCCUGAAGCAACCGGUUUGUGUUAGUAAAAAAGAAAUGUGUGCCAGUGUACACGCAAAAUAAACUAGAAAUCCUAAGAGCAAAGAUCUAUCUUGCAGUUGUAAAGAUAAUUUUCUUUACCCUUCACUUUAAGUUUCACAGUCCAAUAUAUUCAAUCAUGUUGCACUUUUUACACUAAUAAGUCUACAACCUAAAACUAACAACUACUGUCUGUGAGUGUAUGUGUUAUUCAAGGUGGUUUUCAGAAAGUGAAAUGACGAGAUUCAGAUUUUUAUGCCUGUAAAAUCUGAGAGAAGAAUUGAUUUUGAUGGUUGUGUGAGGAAAGGCCAAUUUUUCUGAACAAAAGUUUUGACUGUACUCUGGUCAGAAGAAGGGUCAAUGCUGCAGAGGCAACAUAAGUCCAGUUUGUACAAAUGCCUGUGUAUGUUCCUCAAAUAUGCUGUGAACAAUAAUAACAUUGUUUAUUAAACUUAACUUAAUGGAU